UAGCUCAGUGCUAAGGAUUGGAUCACAAGCCCUGACACGUGCAUUUGAUAAUCGUUUUUUUUCUGUUCUCUGUUUUUUUUUAUUAAUUAAUGCAAAUUUAUAUUGCUGAAUUUGAUGUCUGCUUUCGUGUUUAUUGCUUCUUCUACAUUAAAUAACUGACAUGUUUUUUUCUCUAGGUAUUCAUUUAUUUUCUGCUUGUGCGUGUGGGUGUCUAUAUUGUGUUGCUAUGUGAAAUCCGUUGGCUCUUGAUGAAUAAUUAUCCGAGAAAGUUAUUUAUUCAUGAAUGCUCUAGGUUCAGUGAGAUCCCUUCUGUCUGAAGACUGAUAAAGCACAGGAUUGUGAGCUACCAUUUUUCAUGAGCUACAAAUAGCAGUUCUAGUUUGAGAUAGACAGAUGAAGAAACUAUUCUUUUUUAGAUCUUCUUCCUCCAAUGAUGGAAACAACAAUACCAGUUCUCCACUGUCAGCAGAUAAGCAAGUUUAUUGGGAGGCACCAUUGGAAGGCAAACCAAACAAUCAAGAUAAUGAUAAUGCUCAGUGUAAUUUUUGGAGCCCCAGGGGACUAUUUUCAAAAUCUGGAAAGCAAACAUAUGAUAGCCAGAUCCCAAGCAACAGUUCGGGUCUUAGAAGGAGCCGCUCGUUGUCAUCAGCUGCCUUUCUUGAUGAUGGGAUGGGCCAGAUGAAUUUUUCUUGUACAAAUGAUGAAACAAUAUCUUCUUCUAGCAGUUCCAGUGGUGCUCAUCAGCAACGUGAUCACUCAUCUCGUAGGCGCAAUCUUACUCCUGAGAGGCGAGCCAAGACAAAGCGAUUUGAAGUGGCAGCUACUGGACUAGAGAGAUCUGGUCAUUCCAAAUCUCAUUAUGAUUCGUCAGGAAAUUCUUCUUCUAGUAAUGUCUCAAGUAAAAUUGUGGAUCGCUACAUUGAUGGAGAACAGGAGCAGGAAAUGAGCAAGCCCAAACACUGUUCACAGAGAAAUUUUACUGGAAGUGGAAAUGCUGGUGGAAGACUUCCUCCACGAGUUCAAUACACAGCCCCUGCUUCACCAGCAGAUAACAUCAAAGAUAAGCCCAGGUCUCACUCAUUUCGGGAAUUUAGAGGGGCUCGACAGAAGUUUUCUUCAAGAAAUUGGGUGGAUAAGGGAUUUGGCCAUGAAUCUCCACAGAAACUUGCAAGGAAUGUCAUGGAGAGGCUCUCCCAGGCUCGUGCUUAUCCAAAAUCAAGUUCUAAGAAGUAUGACCGUGACAUUCCUAUCACAAUUGAAGAUGUCUACGGUGGAUCAACGAAUUCAUACAUGGAUGUUCCUGCCCGAAAAAGCUACUCAUUGGAGGAACCUUGUGAAACCAUUAACGGUUACAAUGGUGAUGAUUUCUCAGGCUUUCAGAAGCAAAAUUACUUCCUUGGAGAUGAUUUUGGGGAUAUGAACUCUGUUGGUAGUGAUGACAUGGUAGAUGUUGAACUACAACGAAGAUCUAAAGAAGCUGAGGAGAGGAUUGCCCUUCUUUCUGAAGAGCUUGAGCAGGAAAGCUUUCUCCAAGAUAGUGGAUUUGAUGUUCCACCAUUGAUGCAAACUAUUCAAAGCUUAAUAGAGGAUAAGAUAAGCUUGGCAAUUGAAGUUUCAGGUCUUCUGAAAUCUCGAAUUGCUGACAGGGAUUCUGCCAAGGAAGGUUUUCGAUUAGCAAAGGCAGAAUGGGAGGCAAGGAACCGAAGAUUAGAGAAGGAGAAGAGUGAAUUGCAGACAGCUCUGGAGAAAGAAUUAGACAGAAGGUCGAGUGACUGGUCAUCAAAGCUUGAGAAAUACCAGCUAGAAGAGCAAAGGCUUCGUGAACGGGUUAGGGAGCUUGCAGAGCAUAACGUUUCACUCCAGAGGGAAGUAUCUUCUUUUAGUGAGCGGGAAGCGGAAAACAAAAGUGUGAUAACAUAUUCCGAGCAACAACUCAGGCACCUGACUUCAAAGGUGGAGGAAGUGAGUGAUGAGAAUCAAGAUCUGAAACACAAUCUUUCUGAGCUGCAAAACAAGUAUGCAGUGGCAGAAGAAGAUUUAGAUUGUAUUAAAAGGAAUUUUGAAGAGAAGAACAAGGAGUGCAAGGAUUUGCAUAAAUCCAUAACAAGAUUAUUAAGAACCUGCAGCGAUCAAGAGAGGACGAUUGGGGGGUUGCGGGAAAAAUUUAGUGAGGAUAUUGAGAAGAAGACAUCAUUUGACAAGUUUGAUAAGCAUGUGACACAAAUGCAAAUGGAGCAAAUGAGGUUGACAGGAGUUGAACUGACUCUCAGGAGGGAGGUGGAAUCUUGUAGGCAUGAAAUUGAUUCCCUUCGACAUGAGAAUAUAAACUUACUGAAGCGCUUAAAGGGUAAUGGUGAAGAGGUUGGUGCUUUAACUUUCAAGCUAGAUAAGGAAAUGUGGACACGUGUUUGCUGCCUGCAAAAUCAAGGAUUGUCUUUGUUAAAUGAGAGCAUCCAGCUUUCUGCUAAGUUAAUGGAAUACAUCAAAGGGAAAAUGGGCCACUUUCAAGAAUUUAAGCAGGGUAUGGAAGUUUUGGGGAAUGGUUUAGAUGGGCAGUUUAUUGUUGAAUCUGAUAUGAAAGUUCAGGGCUUUAAGCGUGGAACUGAAAGCCUAACAAGGAGUUUGCAGACAAUAUCUUCUUUACUUCAGGAGAAGUCCAAUCCUGGUGCUUCAAAAUCUCAUUCCCCAAGCAGUAAUUUCGAUGGCUCUGAGAAACUUAAUCAUACUCCAGAGGAAUCGUUGAGAUUCGAGCUUAAAGCUGAAGCUUUGCUUACAAGUCUGUUAAGAGAGAAGCUGUACUUCAAAGAGUCGGAGGUCGAGCAGUUGCAAGCUGAAAUAGCAGCAGCAGUGAGAGGCAACGACAUCCUCCGAUGUGAAGUCGGGAAUGCACUGGAUAACCUUGCUUGUGUCUCUCAUCAGCUGAAAAAUCUUGACCUUCAGAUGCUGAAGAAGGAUGAGAAUGUAGAUCGGCUACGAAGUGACCUCCAAGCAUCCGUGAAGGAAUUAACAAUGAUUAGGGGGGUAUUGGCCAAAGUUUCACAGGAGAGAGAUAUGAUGUGGGAGGAAGUGAAGCAGUACAAAGAGCAGGAUAUGCUAUUGAAUUCAGAGAUUAAUGUAUUGAAGAAGAAGAUAGAGGCCCUAGAUGAAGAUAGUCUUCUUAAAGAAGGUCAGAUCACAAUCUUGAAAGACACCCUAGGUAGCAGGCCUUUUGAUCUCCUUGGCAGUCCUAGUUGUACACGAGAAUUCUUGCUAGAAUGAUUGCGUGGGAACAACUUUUUUUUUCUUGGGUAGGGUGUGCAGGCACGUACUGUUUAUAGUUUGAAAUUGUGUUCUUGGGGUUUCUUUACAUUUCUUAUACUUUCCUUUACGUCAUUUCCUUACUGCAAGCUUUGAUGGGUAAAGAUGUUAAAGCUUCGAAAAAUCUACACACCAUGAUUCAUUGUGUAUACGUAGUUGGUUUCCUCGUUCCCUUAUAACUAUGAAUAGAUCUUUGCAAUUUUAAUUC